AUGAGAUCCAAGUUCAAGGACGAGCACCCCUUCGAGAAGCGCAAGGUGCGUUGCUCCGCCAUCACCACGGUCUCAAAAACUAUCGCGAUACUGACCCUCUGUAGGNCCGAAGCCGAGCGCAUCCGCCAGAAGUACACAGACCGUAUCCCUAAGGUUGAGAAGUCGGACAUCGCCACCAUCGACAAGAAGAAGUACCUGGUCCCCAGCGAUCUCACCGUCGGACAGUUCGUCUACGUGAUCCGUAAGCGCAUCAAGCUUUCGCCUGAGAAGGCCAUCUUCAUCUUCGUCGACGAGGUUCUGCCCCCAACCGCCGCCCUCAUGAGCAGCAUCUACGAAGAGCACAAGGACGAGGACGGUUUCCUCUACAUCACCUACUCGGGCGAGAACACCUUCGGCGAAGCCGCUUGA